AUGCAGCUGGCACUCUCGGCUACCUGCUGCCUCCGCCAUUGUGGUCGUGACAGCCGUUACCAAGGGAACCUUUUCAUGCUGAUGACGAAUAUCCAGUAUUAUCCAGAAAUAAAUACAAUUGAAGAUCUUGCAAAUGUUGGAUAUGAAGUCCUUUGUUUUGAAUAUUAUCUUCUUUUAAUGUUUAAACAGUCAUUAAAAUUGUCCAAAGCCCCUCAUGUUCAUUCAAGAAUUCUUAAAAAAGGAGAAUUAGAAACAAUUUUGGAGGGAGGGCAGCGAAGUGCCCUUAUCUUCCCUGAGAGUUGGUGGAUACGGCGAAAAAACAUGAAAAUGUGGCAAAAUUUUCGUGCAAUGAAGGAUCUUGUGGAGGAACGCUUAGAGUUUGCGCAUGCUCGAAGAAACUGGCCCUGGACAGUUCCUGUGAAUAAUUUAUACUUGAAAUUUGACGCUUAUGGACUAAGAACGUAUUGGAGAAACGACUUCUGGCAGAAAGUGAAUCUAAUGCCUAUUGCAUUUACUGAAAGACACGAAACAAUGAUUGGCGGUCCCAAUGAGGAUACUAGAAGAGUGUUUGUUCUCGAUGACUUGCGACCUCAUCUGCAAGUUCUAGCAUUGGGUUUGAUCUUGGCCUCUCUCCUUUUCUGUCUAGAACUGUAUUGGAAAAGAAGAGAGUUCCAUUCGAACAAGAUGAUUCUUAAAGUUCAGAAGAAACUGAUAAAUAAAACAAAAAGAAGCAAACUAUGUUGACACUUUGAGCACCUUUGGGUUUUGGAGUGUUUCCCUUCGGGCUCUUUUGCAGCAUGCGUAAUAUUGUUACACUUAUCCCCGACAGUGUUUGUCUCUCUUUUGACCAUUGUUUAUAUAAUUGUCGCAAGCAAUGAUACAAAUGGCAUAAAAGAUGAGCAUCAAAAAGCAAGCAAUUAUUCAAGAAAAAGUUUUUAAAGACUAACAAUUUAAACAUAUUUUAGUCAUGUCACUCACUGUCAUAUAACUUUAACCUGCCGAAUUCCUCUACUUGGAAAAAUGUAAUAAAAUAAAACUUUUCAAAAACUUACGUUUGUAUUUAAAUGCCGCAGAAAAUGUGCAGAUUUUUCGACAAAUCGUUUGGCAUAAUUGCGUUACCUUCCUUCCCGUAAUGGCGCCGUCUCCAACCGCUGCAAAAAUCUGCAUUCUCUUGUCGCGGUUACCAUUUUUUAUUUUUUUGCCUUAAUUGAACCACUCGCAAAUUUAAAUUCUUCAACUAGGAAACUCACUUUACGAAAAUUGACUACCUUCAAAGCAAAUUACUUCAUGAAAAUCUAAGAUAUCA